AUGUUUACUGAUGAUCUUCCAAAUCCUAUUGCUUUGGAUGGUGAGCUUGAAUUGUGGGAAACAUAUUGGAAAUCUAAGGAGCAAGAUUGUCUUCCUGAUAAUAUUAGUUCAACCCUAAAAGCCAUUAAUUUUCCGGGGUUUGAGAAUAUCAAAGUUUUGUUGAGAAUUUUAGGAAUCAUUCCCGUAACCUCUUGUGAGUGUUUGAGAUCGUUUUCAGCUUUAAGGAGACUUAAAGAGGAAAGUCGAAGUAGGAUGGUUAAGACUUGUUUAAAUGGUUUGGCGUUGCUUUACAUUCAGAAUGACAUAUAG